CAAAAUGGCUGAACUGGCAACGCUGGCGUGCAGCCGUGGAAAUACGUGAUAUACCCAGGCGCACACACGCGCGUUUUCCCUCUCUCUUUCUCUUCUCGUCUCUCGUGAGGAGUGGAAACUUUUUCCAUAUGAUGAUAUGAGCAUAAGUCGUGAACGCGCAACACCAGCUCUAUUCUAUUCUCAUCCUAAGAGAGAGCCCGAAACAAACGAAAUCAGCCUAGGAGCAGUGCUGCUGCUUCGAGGCCUGUGAGUUUGCCAGAGCUCGGUGUCAGCUUUCGCUGACUCUCUGGAACAUAUCUGCUUUUGGUACUUUGUACUGACUGGACUGCUGCAGUAACUUCUAACCUAUAAGUGUACUAUUGCAGCAGACAGAAGCAGAUAAACUAAGGGUUUGUGCGCCUCUGGGUGUGUGGAUCAUGUCAUCCACUUGCCGAGCAAUGUGAUGAGUAGCUGUGGGAGCACUAGCAUCGGUACAAAGCUAAAAAUCCAAAAGAAUUCAGAAAAAAGUGACGAGACAGUUGUCAUAGAACAACAGGACGACGAAGAAUUAGAGAACAACGAAGCAUUAAGAGACUAUAACGUUGGUGACAUUCUCAGAGCACCAAGAGCCACUCUGUUCAUUUGCCAGAGAAACUCAAGCACCUUCUCAGCUGACCACAGUUUUUCGAGGUUCAAAACCAGAUCCAGUGGUGAACCACGAAAUGAAUUUCGAAUGGCUCGCGGGGGUAUCAGUGGAGACCGUGGGAGAGGUGGAAGCAGCGGCGGGACAAGGGGUCGGGCCUUCAAGAAAACCGUCGUCGAUCGCGAGCCAAAUGCCGAUAGCAGUUACUCGCAUUCUUCAUCGAGACCAAAAUUUCAAGAAUCGCUGAAGAACCAAGAAAACAAGUAUUACGAUGACAAGAAAAUAAAUGAGGAUUCGAGAAUUUCUAAGCUUUUGAGGCGUUUGUGUCGAGAAGAUGACUACGAUCACUUUCUGGCUCUUUGCAAGCAAUUGCAGGAGGGCAUUGUCGCGCCCGAAAAUCAGAGGUACAUCAGGCGAAAUUUGGAUGUUAUAUGCGAAAAUCUUAUGGAUAUUUUGUACAGUGGACCUAGUCUCGAAGCAAAACAACAGGUGGCCAAAUGCCUGGGACGCAUUGGCUACGUCGCUGAUCAAGAUUUUAAAAGAUUUAUGGACUGGAUAUUCAACAAAUACUCCGUAGAACGUAAAGAUGACGUGAAAUGCCUACUCAUGAAAUCGUUCGGUGAGAGCCUGAAGCUCGACACUGAAGCUCCAAAGCUGAAAGACCAUUCGGUAGCGAUAAUGACGCAGCUGCAGUCGGCCUUGGAGAAUGUUGAUCGAUCCGAUCUGCUGAUCGCGAUCGUAGACUCGAUCCUACUCAUAAUCGACAUGUAUCCGGAGAGCUUUACCGACCAUUUCCGCGACACUGUAGACAUUCUUGUGGGCUGGCACAUAGAUUCGACCCAGCAGAAAUCCAUUGUCGCCUAUGCCAGCCGCAGUCUUCAAAGAUUGCGCAAUUUCUGGAUCGCUGAUCUACAAUUCACGCUGACGCUGCUUGGUCAAUUUCUCGAGGAUAUGGAGAGCUACGAUGAAGAGCUAUCACUGCCUGGCUCUGGUAGAAGUUCACCUGGUGAGGAGGACGCACUUCCCUGUCCCAAGGACUGUGUGCUUAGAAUUACUUCUCUCAUCGCCGUUUUCAAUACCGUCUUGAGGUGCAUCGAAGAACAUCUGAAUCCAUGUCUGACACCCAACGUGCAAUGGUCUUUUCUCACUGACUGCUUAUCUAAGAUGCUGAGGACCGUCGUCAAAGCUAUGGAACUCGACGAUGGGAUUGAUAUUAUUAGUAACAACGAUUCUGGACUAUCUCAGGAGAACGUCGACAGCAUAACUCAGUGUAUGAAAAACAUGAAUCUCUCGCAGAAGAGUAUCGACGCUCUGCUGAAAAGCUUGAACAAAGACGACGAGGUGAACGAGCAGAACCUGGUAAAGCUUAUAAAAUCUCUAAACCUCAAGAAGAAUGACAAAAAGAACUCUAAGUACAAUGACAAAGACGCGCUCUCUACAGUUACAAAAGACAAGGAAGAAUCCCUUAUCAACAUGCUCAAAUCUAUGGACCUACGAAUCAAACGAAAUUCAGAUCUCUCUGAAGAGAAAGAAGAAUUGGUUGUCGUUGCCAACGAAUGCAUUUAUCUUUUGCUCGGACACCUACAAAGCCGGGUCUCCAAAAACCACGAUCUGUUGUACAAAUUUAUUGAUCUACAAUUACAGCGUGUCAGUAUCUUCUGGGACGAUUCCAUCGUGUCUAUGCUCAACACCAUAUCCAAAGUAAUUAAAGAGGUCUCGGCCAAUCUGCCGCUGGAUUUAGUACAUACUCUGUUAGGCAAAAACUCAAACAUCGUGAAGCUGCGUUUUAGAAGCACUGUCGUCAUUCAAAAUGCAGUUCUCGGAGUAUAUCACAGCUUGCUGAGUCUCAAGAAUAUCCCGUUGCUACAGGAGGCUUAUCGUUACAUCCUCGCCGAUUUGGAAAAUGCCUAUAAGACGAUCAUACCCGGAAUCGAGCCUCUUGUACAAGAGAACCCUCUUACAGAUUCGCAGUACCAUAGGAGAAACGCAGAAAUCGUAUUGAUAUUUUUAUUGCGAGCACUUUCUGAUAUUGCAAAUGCAAGUAAUUCAAUCAUUGGAAUGUGGGCUUUGAAGCCAAGUAUUUUGGAACUCUUGGCUGUCAAAUUAAGACCACAUGAUCCAUUAUUGUCUGUGGAGAGUCCGUUAUUGCAAUAUCAUAUCUUGUUUUUGCUUUUUACUCAUUGCUCAAGAUACAACCAUUUCGUGCCAAGUUCCAGUUUAAUAACAGGCACAAGUUCUUGCCGUCCACUGGACAUUUUUCCUGGAACAUUAGAAGUGCCUACAGUCUCGCCGACCAGCGGACAUUUGUCCAUAAUUCUGAAUCUCAUUGCAAAGACUAUUGAAAAUAAGAGAGCACCUGAUCAAACUCUGCUUUUGCUGCUCGACUGGAUACAGGAGAUUUACUUGCAGGCUGAAAAUUAUAUCGGAGUGCUUAGUAAAACUGAAGAAUGUCAAACGGUGGUUUCGAGCUUAUUGGUUUGCGGUGCAACGACUAAUCACAAAGUAUCUAUGGCGGUCUGCAAAAAUAUUGAAAGUUUGCUGAAAGCAAAACAGGUUUCAUGGUCAGAGGAAAUUUAUUCCAAUAUUGUUGACUUGGCUACUCUACACUUGACUUCAUUGGACAAAACUGUCCGUGAAACGUAUGGACAUCUACUCAUGAACAUUCCGCUGAACAUAGUUAUUCCAAAACUGAAUAAGGCUGGCUUACUAUCAGAUGACAAGAAAUUCCGGAACAUACAAAACUACUCGUGCGAAUCUUUAAUUUUGGCACAAAGACUACAUAUGCGAAGCAACAAUGGCGAAAUGCAAGCUCAACAUUUUAAAACUUACAUGGCCUUCCUUUUACAAGAGUAUUACUUCGACGCCUUCGGUUUAUCAGAAGUUUUCACAUUGUGCUGGCCGACUAUAUCAGAUAACGAAACAAUGGCAAAGAUGUACGAAUUAGCCCUAGCCAACCGCACAUUCCUAUUUUUCUGGGGUGGCUUUGAGGCUGCGCAACACUGUGUCCUCAACAAACUCCGCACCCCCUUGGGUAAACCUCAGGAAACUUUCACAACCAUUGAAGGUGCUCUCAAGACAUUGGCGCGUGAGAUUUCCUGCACAGCUGAAAUUCCUAAAAAAGAUAAACGCGGCCUUGACUACUUGCUGCACGAGCAUACGAGAGUCAGACAACUGGUCGAGUUUCUGGAGCAUCUUGAGCGCGUUAUUCAUAAUGCAGCUGAGGGCUGCGCUGUCGCUUUAUUGCCGCACUCCAAGCCUGUACGCACAUUCUUCCAUACCAACAGAUCAACGUGCAAAGAAUGGCUGAAUCGCAUAAGAUUGGCCCUAUGCGUAGUCUCACUGCACGCUGGAUUAGCCACGAAUGCCUUGAGAAACGGACAGAGACUGCUCGAGGAUCUAUGCACCGCCAAUAAUACGCAAGGCGCAGAAUUCGAGAGGGCGACUCUCUGCACGGCCCGAGCCAUGGUGAUGCUAGGCGAGGCAGAGGCACUGCAAGGGCUUUACGUGUAUUGCAAGGAAAAAGAUCGCAAAUUUGUUUGGCUGAAAGCUGCGAUGGAGGAGGCAGCUGGCAAAUAUGAGUUAGCUGCCGAAAAUUAUCGUCGAAUUCUUGAAGAUCAGAUUCUUACUCGCUCUAAAGAUGACUCGAAGGCUCUUGAAAUUCGAUGCAAGAACGAGGGAGGUGAUUCUCAGGUCGCUGUAUUUUGCAUGGAUCAUUUAUGCAAGUGCUUCCGUUCGGUUGGCGAUUGGAAGCAGCUGGAAGCGUGGAAGCAGCGCGAAGCCGAAAUCCUCGAUCAGGACAAGAAUCUUUGUCUCCGUCGCCAAAUGCUAGAGAAUAUAGCACCGCAGCAGGCAACCUGCCUUCGUAAAUUCGAGGAAGCUGAAGAAUUAUCCCUAAAAGAACUUUCUGACUGGACAUUACUAGAUGAAGAAGCCAAGACGAACUGGAGUUGUGCUAAGACGAUGAUCGAGUGCAACAACACGCUGACGAACAUCGCGUUGCGAAUCCACGCCGAACAGGCGAAAGAGUUGAAUUUCCACGAGGAAAUCGAGCGCUGCAAGAAGGUAGCAGCCAGAACCAUGGAAGAAGGUUUGCGAAACGUUCCAUCUGAGUAUCUCAACGACGCCAUCCUGGUGCAAUAUUCGGCGACCGGGUUAGCCGAUCUAUUGGCUGGUUGCUCGAGAAACCGAGCCAAUGUCUUCGAGUUGCCUGACGUAGAAAAGCUCAGUUCGCUAAGCUCGAGUGUGCUCACUCAGGUGCUCUGGUGGUCAAACUACUUGACUCGCGCCAAUAAGGACACUGACUCCAAUGAAGACGCCACUAACGAAGUAGAUGCUUUGCGACUUCACGUAGCCCACUCAGCCCGCAAGGAAGGUAAUUUCGGUCUGGCUCAGCGCGAACUCGGCAAAUAUCUGUCUGCAGAACGUCAUGGCUUGGGAACUAAUGGCACUGAGUUCCGCGAAAUCGUCGAGGAAAUUGCGAGUGGUGCUGCAGCGGCGGCCGAGCGGCUGGUAUGGUCCAAGGACAACAUGCGAGCCUUCCGUGAGACUUCCAAACUGCUCUACGACAUGGAGUUCACUGAGGAGGCGCUCAAGAUUUGCAGCGUUACCGCGUUGGGUAUCUCCAAGAGUAUCGUCUCGGCUAGCGAACAAGCACCAGCCGAGCUCAGAGAGACUGGUACCAGAGUGUUGCUUACUUUAGCUAAGUGGAUCCAACAGGACGCGAAAGUAGAGAACAACGCGCAAUUGGAUGAUCUCUUGCGCUUCGAGUCUCUGCACAAUGAUGGAUUGAUGGAUAAGCUGUUUGGAAAGACCACCGAAUUGAUACCGACGUCAGACGUUAUAGUAGGUAAACUUGUACAGUUGGGAGUGAAUCAGUGUCCGGAUCUUCCAACCGCAUGGUCCAACUUUGCUGCCUGGUGCUACAAGUGGGGUCGCAAGAUUGUUGAUAAUCCCAGUAGCGGCUUGCUCACGGAUGCCGACAAAGCUAACAUUCAGCAGCUUCUACCUCUUGACGUUCCCGAAACUGAUCUAAAUGCCAUUUAUACAAUACUAGGUCAGAAGAAUCGUGUUCUACCCGAGGACGAAGGUGACAUCGACACGAACGACAUAAAUACCUCGGAGACGAUCGAGCACCAUUUACGCAGCGUACCGAUUCUCAACUGCGCUAGCAGCGAACAUCUCACGAUGCUGGUUGACGUAUGGCGACAGGCCCAAGCUCGUAUAUACGCUUACUACGAGUUGUCAGCAAAUGCAUACUUUAAGUACCUGCAGUUAGCCAAAGAUGCUAACGACUGCGAAACUAUCACUGCUACCUUACGACUGCUCCGCUUAGUGGUCAAACACGCGUCGGAAUUGCAGAACGUUUUAGAGUCCGGACUGUCGACGACGCCAACAGGACCCUGGAAAGAAAUCAUUCCCCAGUUGUUCUCGCGAUUGAGUCAUCCCGAGUGCUACGUACGCACGCGUGUCUCCGAGUUGCUGUGCCGUGUGGCAGAAAAUUCGCCGCAUCUUAUCACCUUCCCGGCAGUAGUCGGCGCCGUUUCCUGCGGACAAAACAAGAGCUUCGAAGCGGCCGCUUUUGGCAAAGAGAGCAGUAGCGACGAGCCUUGCGAGGUAGAUUAUUUCAUCAGCGAGGACGGAGAUUAUCAGCAGGAUGCGAAUCAAGGAUUCAUGGAAGCCUGUUUUGCGCAGCUUACCGAUUGCCUGUCCAGUAGAAUUCCAGAUUCUGUUGAUCAGGUGAAAAUUCUAGUCAGAGAGUUAAGGAGGAUUACUCUGUUGUGGGACGAGUUAUGGCUUGCGACGUUGUGCCAACAUCAUUCAGAUAUCACUAAACGUUUUGAGCAGCUGGAGAUGGAAGUACAAAAAGUUCAGGACAAUAUAUGGCUGUCGCCUGACGAAAAAGAUAGAUUAAUAGCUGAGAAGCAUCGAAUUAUUCUGAAACCUAUCAUCUUCAUUCUGGAAAAUCUCUUGGCCAUGACUUCAGUGCCUGUUGAGACUCCUCAUGAAAAAUAUUUCCAGGAGAAAUUCGGGCCAUGCAUCGAACGUGUGAUUGACAAACUAAAAAAUCCAAAGAAUCCAGCGAGACCUUCAGCUGCCGCCUUAUCAUUAAAACAAUUGGAAGCCAAACUCGCACAGAAAGUGCACAAACGAGGAGCUUACUCGCUGUUGAUGUCCGAUAUCAGUCCGACUCUGGCGAAAUUCAAAGACACCUCUAUUGCUAUGCCUGGAAUAUCCACAACAAAAAUGGUUACGAUAAAAUCAGUAGAUAACAACGUACAGAUUCUGCCCACGAAAACCAAACCAAAGAAGCUCAUAUUCCGCGGUUCAGAUGGUCAUGUUUACACCUACCUGUUCAAGGGUCUCGAAGAUUUGCACCUGGACGAGCGUAUAAUGCAGUUCCUGAGCAUCUGCAAUACGAUGAUGUCGAAAAAUAAUGACAAUACCUCCAAGAAGGUGUAUCGUGCUCGUCACUACUCUGUGAUACCGUUGGGCCCGCGUUCAGGUCUCAUUCAAUGGGUAGACGGUGUUACGCCACUCUUUGCCUUAUACAAGCGUUGGCAACAGCGAGAAACCGCCAUGGGCAACAAGGGUACCAGUUCAGCCGUGCUCAGACCUUCCGAACUAUUCUACAGCAAGCUCACACCGUUGCUGAAAGAAAGAGGUAUCAGUACGGAAAAUAGAAAAGAGUGGCCACUCGCAGUGCUCAAACAGGUGCUCGCCGAGCUCAUGGCUGAAACGCCUAAGGAUUUACUCGCCAAGGAGAUCUGGUGUAACAGUAUAAAUGCAGGCAGCUGGUGGCAAGCAACUAAGAACUACUCGUACUCAGUGGCUGUAAUGUCGAUAAUUGGCUACAUAAUCGGCUUAGGUGAUCGGCAUCUCGACAACGUUCUCGUGGAUCUCAACACCGGCGAAGUGGUGCAUAUCGACUACAACGUCUGCUUCGAGAAGGGCAAGACCCUGCGUGUUCCAGAGAAGGUGCCAUUCCGUAUGACGCCCAACAUCAAGACAGCACUCGGUGUAACUGGUGUCGAGGGUAUCUUCCGACUGGCCUGCGAGCACACCUUGCGCGUCAUGCGCCGCGGCGCCGAGACUCUGCUGACUCUGCUCGAAGCUUUCGUGUACGACCCGCUGGUAGACUGGCGGGCCGGUGCCGAGAACAGCAUCGCGACUUACGGAGCCUGCCAAGCCAGAGCUCGAUGCACCGGCGUCGGACGCAAGCAACUCGAGCUUGAGCUCACGACUGCCAUGUUCGCUGUCAGGAUAGCCGAGAUGAGAGCCGAGUGGCUCGCCAACAAGGAGGAGCUCACCAAGUGUUUCCCGACCCUCUGCCACAGACUGUCCAGGUGGAUCGAGGCUUGCGAGGCGGCGAAGCAGUGCCAGGAAUCUCUGCAGGAUAGGCACAGGCAGUUGGCCCUUGUUAAAGAGGCCCAAGCGAUGGGACGUAAUCACGCACUGUAUUCCGUGGUCAAGAGGUACAACACCUACAAGCGCGCCAAGGAUGUCCUGGAAAAGGCGAAGGUUGGGCUGAAGGAGCGCAUUGACGACUGCCAGAAACAGAUCAACACGCAUAACAUGGCUUUGAGCGCGGUCAGAGGCGGUCAGCUGGGCCGUUGGCUCUCGGAGCUGGGCAGCUCGACGAUCCAGGAGGACCACCUCGUGUUCGAUCUCGUGAAGGAGUUCCUGCAGAACGCCGGUCAGAGCCAGAUGAUCGUUCAGUGCGAGCAGUCGGAGAACGAGCUUACCCAGCUCGCGGUACAGCAGUCGAUUCUCAUUCGUAGCUGUCUAGAUUUGCUCAGCCAGUACUCGGCUAUUUGUAAUCUUUAUCCGCUGAGUAGCAUGGCCCAGCAUCGCUCGGUGCUUUAUCACGCGUGGGCGAGUAAGUUGCUGAUGACCGGCACUGUAGAUGCUUGCCACGAGGUUUUGGCGCAGAUGGAAGGGCAUUUAUCACCGGUUAGUACUGCCAAUCCUAGAGUACAGAGAACCGUCGCCUUCUCCUAUCAAGUCCAGGCGAUACUGAGCGAAGCCAACGAUAAAUUCACCAAGGCUUAUGAGAGGAUGAUCGGAGAAGGACUUCCGGAUGCUCUCGUCAGGAUCGAGAAGGCGUACGUCGAUUCCAAGACGCAGAUCGUCGCUUUCUUGAGAAGAGAAAAGGCUGCGGAAAAAGCCCUGGAAUGCGUCAACAUCAGUGCAUUGUGCACCCUCAAUAAAAAGUACCUCAUGAUGGAAGGAGCGGCCAAGUGCGCUGGUGAUUGUUUGGUCGACCUGACGUCCCGAGAUGGCGACUGGUUCCUCGACGAGAUGAGACUGAUGUCCUCGCUGAUUGCGGAAAUGAUAUCCUUGAUUCCUGAGAGCCACAAGUCCAACAGCGACCCUAAGAUCUCACUGGUAUUCAAGUGCCUCAAGAGCGCGGAUUCGAUUCACAAGGGCUUGCAGGAAUUGAAUUACAACUUCCACACGAUUAUCCUACCCGAAGCGACCAAGACUAUCAUUACCGAGGAGCCGAGCGUCAUGCGAAUGGUCAACGAGCUCGACGAGAUCAUUGCCUUGACCGGCAUGUCUCUUGUAGAGAUUCUGGAACAGCUAGAGAUGCAUCUAAGAUUUACGAUAAUGGAGAUGGAAAGUCCGCACGCUAUAAUGCAGACGAUAGUGGACGCUCUGAAACUUCGAUUCGAGGCUCUUCUCUCCCGCCCAGCAGAUCUACAAGAGCUCAACCAGGAAGAGACAUUGAUGCCAGGUCAGAUGCUACUUAUGGGCUUCAACGGACUCUUUGAAAAGCUACAGAUGGAGGGUAACGCUCUGAUCAGUACCCUCAGUUCACUCGACAUACCACCUAGCUGGAAGAAGAUCGACCAAAUUAGGGAGGCUAAGGACAUGGCUGCGCCGAUAUUCAACGAGGCCGCGCGCAAAGUGCUCGAAGACAUCUUCCUUGUGAAACGUCUGCACACAAUCCAGAAGUUCUUUUCAAUGUGUCGAGACAUUGCCUUUGCUUUCCGAGGAGAGACGGCCAGUAUCUACGAGGGUGGACUUGCCGGGGUCUAUAGCGACGAACAGCUCAACAAACCCAUCCGACUUUUCACCGCGGAUUACGUUUCGCGGCAGCUGAUUGGCGUCACAUCGCAGAGCUUAGGUAUCGCACUUUGUUUCCUUUUACAACGCAUGGGUCUAAACGUCACCAGUGAGAUUGAGCAGCGGGACAUUGGCGCAGAGAGCAAGGUAUCUUUGGAGGAACUAUGUAGGAAAGCAAUAGACAUGGGCAUGAAGAAAGGUUUGUUCGGAUGUACGACUCUAAGUCAAGUAAGCUCGCUGAGCACCACACUGGAGAGUAGCUGGAGAAGAAAACAAAGUGCCAAAGCUGCCCAACAAGCAGUAGAAGUGUCUCGAGCUACCGUGCAGAGAUUGCAAUUACAACUGACUGCGCAUUAUUGGUUGCACGAAGACUACUUGAUGAUCGGAUCUAACAUGAACCUCAUCAAUCCUAUCAAUCGUCCGUCCUUCAUGCUGGAACUGCGAAAAACCGCAGCGGGUUUAUCGAACCUCCAGGCGCGCGUGACCGAGGCGCGCGAGCAGCAACAAAACCUUGUACAAAGUGCUAUCCAGCGAUUGAAAUGGGCAGCAGGCGUCAAUCCGGCCCUCAACGAAGUUAUGGCUGCGUUCGAUAAUGCUGUAUUGACUAGCUGCGAAAAGCUAACUCGCCAAACUAACCUGUCAGCGGUAGUCGUCAACGCCUGCAACUCCAUUCUACAUUACGAGGCAUUGCGCACCAGGACGCAAGAGAGCGUUACCAACGACGCUAAUUUAGCAAAACUCGUCAAACGCUGGGAAGAGAGCUGCAUGCUUACUUCGAACCUUACGAUCACUGUCACGCCGAUUGAGGAAAGUCUAGUGGAACUGUUGCAAAUUAGUGCGGAUAACAAUAUUGAUGCUAACUGGUUGAAGCAGACAGAGAAGCUCAUCUCAGACGCGAUCGUCGAGGCACAGAAGAAGACCCAGGAGCGGCAGGAAGCUCUCUGUCUGACACAGCAGGCGAUGAGAGAACAAGUUGGCUUGUUGCAGGCUGUCGUGGCUGAACACCACAGACUCAUGAACGAUGUCAGACUAUUACUCAGAAGCAUGGCUAAGCAAGAGAACAUCAUCGGCCUUCAGGAAUUUUUAAUGAACUAUCGAUCAUGCACCGAAAGUCUAUCGGCAACCGUCAAAGAAUUGGAAUCUGAAAAUCUGGAUCCUAACAAGGCAGCGCUAUUAAAGAUGGAAUUGGAAACAUUGGCUGUAAAGACACCUGCACUGUAUGAUGAGUUGCUAUCGUUUGCAAAUGAAUCUAUGAAUGAGCAGAACGUGCCCGAAUUCGCUUUUAACAAGGCCAAGCUGAUGAGACAGGACAGCGUAUGUCUUAGUCCAAGAAAAGGAGUUCCACCGGCAAGAGAUCCAACAACUGGUAAAGCCGUGCAAGAACGCAAUGCUUAUGCACUGAACGUCUGGCGUCGCGUGCGCAUGAAACUCGAGGGUCGAGAGCCAAAUCCCAAUCGUAAGUAUACUACCGCCGAACAGGUCGAGUACGUGAUACGCGAGGCCCAGAGCAUCGAGAACCUGGCCCUUCUCUACGAGGGCUGGACGCCCUGGGUCUGAGGGCCGCCAUGCAAAAGCCGCCCCGCUAACGCGGGCGCGCCCUGGGAUUUCCGAUGCAUAUAUGCGCAUAAGUAAACAAGAACAACUAUCAACACGAGCAACAACAGUCAACGUGUCUCUAUCUCUCUCUCUCUCUCUCUCUCUCUCUCCUGCGCAAGUCGCUCUUGUGUAUACGAGAGUUGGACACGCGCGACAUAACAGGGAGAGAUCAAAGGACCCGCGGACGGCUCGAAUGCAAAAACAGACGAGCUGUAGUAAAACAAGAGCAACAACAGCGGCUGCAACAGCGCUAAAAGCUACAGCAAAAAUAACAGCCAUCUCCGAUGCAAUCUACAUAACUCUAUCUUCUCACCCUCUGUCUCUGUGUACAAGCUAGAACGAGGGGAGUACAAAGAGGUACGACAGCGACGAGCGAUGAAAAUAAAUAGCAUGAGGAUGUAGUGGAGGAAUGAAGGAGAUUAGUCCUUUUCUUCAUAGUAGGAACGCAAGAAUGUCAAAAAUGUCAAGGAAAACGUCGCUUUGUCGAGAGUAGAUGGCCGGGCUGACAGAAGUGUAGGAGCUGAGCAUGCUGUAAAGCACUCUUCUCUUAACGUGUGACGAUAAUCUCCGACCCUUUGCCAGCAAGUUUUACGACUGACGAUUGACCGGUCGCAAAAGUAUCAGGGAUAUCUUGUCACGAAGAAAAAUUUAACAAGUUCGUACUUUGGUAUACUGUUGGUCAUAUCCAAAAUUGAAAAUAUUUUUAAUAAUUGCAAUUUUCCAAGAUGACAAAAUUCUUAAUGCAAAGAGUGUACCAGAUAUUUAUACGCGAUUAUUAUCGUUGAAUAUUUUUUUAACACAUCUUAAAUAAGUUAAAAUGAUUUAACUGUAGCAAGAUAUUGAUUGACGAUGUAAUCUCUGGAAUUUUGCGACUAGCUAAGGCAUGUUCUUUAGAUUUGCUAAUAUCAUGAUCACGGCGAGAGUAUGAGAGCAAAACAGGUGACUCUAGCUCGUUUAAGAGAAAAAUCGAAUACUUAGUGGAUGGAAAACUUUGAGUCUUGCGACAGUCAGCAACUGCUUGGCGGACUCGACUUAAGAGGUAUAUAAGUCAACUAAAUGAACGCAAAAUUUUAAAUUUAACUGCAGAUGAUAUAGAUUCUUCACUACAGUUACUUCGUGUUAUAACAAACACUAAUAACGAUUCUCCAGUCCAGAUGCCAAUUAAAUAUUAUUAAUAAAACUGACCUAAUAUUAUAAAGUAAAUGCAAAAACAAAAGCUAUCUGUAUAUUCUGCAGGAAAGUUUAUGAUUUUGUGAUUAAAAAAUUAUUUUUAAAUAACUGUAUCGAAAAAAUGCGACGAAAUCGACGAUAAUAGCAUUGUCGGCGCAACUAGUGUAUCGCGUUCGUUUCAAUUUUUUUCAAAGAGAUUCAAUCAAGAAAUAAUUGGUUCUUACUUCAAUUUUUAUAUAUACGUAUUAUCAAAACUGAACCUCAACGUAAUUUAAAAAUUAAUACCUAACAUGCUUUCUUCUAUAAAAUAUUAAAUUUCAAUAAUUACCAUGAUAUUCCGGUAAAAUACUCGUUAUUUCUACUUUUUGAAAGACCAAAAAACGAACACGCAAUUUGAUAGUGUAUUUAACUUUUUUUUCGUAAAAUACUAAAAAUUUAAGCCAACGCAUAUAGCAAUGCUUUCAAUAUUGGUUUACAUCACUUAGUUAUGGCUGAGAAUAGAUUAAAAAAAUAGGAAAUCCUCUGUAGUUUGCAAUUAGCUGUAGGUAUGUAGAAGUGAGUUAAAAAAGUAAAUUUUUCAUUGGUUAAACAUAUUGAUUAUUCUUGUUUUUUACGAUUAUCUCAAUGUUUCAUUAAAAGUGUGAGUUAUGCACAGCUAAUAAAUAUUUUUGAAAUAUUAAAGCCAUAGUACGAUAAAAUUUUUAAUUAUUGGAUUCAGGUCACAAGUUUAAAAUCAAUAGUAUUAUUAUUUGUUUAGUCAAUGAAAAAUUGUUGUUAUCAACUUAUUAACAGGAUAAUUUUUGCUUGUAUUGAAAACGUUUUGGGCUUAAUAACCGGGUAUAGGGAUAACUAAAUUUGUUAAAAUAAGGGUGAAAAGCGUCGCAUUCUAUCUCAUAAGAAUAUAAUUUUAGCCAUCAAUUAAAUAUAACUGAAAUAUUAACUGUCGAUCUUCGAAUUUUAAUUGCUGGCUAUUUUCUUUAUACUUUUGCUUUUCAUUAAAAUGAUUGUAAUAACUGUCCAAAUCUGGCACGAGUAUGUGAAUGUUCAAAUAAACGUAAUAAAAUGAAUUUGUUGACGCUA